GCUGACUCGUGAAAGAGUCCAAAAAGAGAGCACACACACUCUCUCCCCUACGCUUUAAUUCGCACAGUACUCUAGAGAACACAGACAACUCAGUACAUGUACAACUUAUACACACUUGUGAAACAGUGCUUUUAUGUCCCAAAGUUUUCAGGCUUCCCUCAUCGCCGGCAACUACCUCCCUUUCCGCAUCUAUAUUGUGUGGCUUUAGCUUCAAGUCGACGACUUUGCAGUUCAUGUUUUAAGUUUGCUGCUGAAGUUUCGGUACGUUUCUGUAUAACCUUUCAAAAACUUAAUGAUUCGGAAAAAAGUGUUCUUGACUUACAAGCGAAAGAGGCUACCGGGUUCUGAUCUUUAUGUGGAAAAUGGGAUUCCUAAUACACCUUCUGGGUGUCACAAGUUGAACGGUGUAGCCCCUUUGGUGAAGGAAGAGGAGAAGUAUGAGAAGCCUAGCUUCAAGGAUGAAAAGAAAGACCUUGAGGGUAAUUCUGAAGAAGCUCACUCUUCAAAGGGUUUCAGAGGGCCUCUCUCUGAAGGAGAACCAAGGAGUUCACAAAAGAGUUUAUGUUCUUGUGUUACCUCAGGUUGUGGAUGUGAUAGUAAAUGCACCCAGAGGUUUUCACCUUCCCUGUUGACAGGAUUGAAUACUUCGAGAGAACAGGAUUUGGUCACUCCAAAUUCUGGGGGUGAGAGGAGAUGCAAUCUUCAGUAUUGUGAUACCUCUGAUUUGGGGAAGCCGAGUCUGGAAGAAGCUGACACACUAAAAGACAUCUCUCAGAGCCUCUCUGUAAAUGCAGUAAGAAAAAGUAAAUCGUCUUCCAGUCUGAUUACUUUUCAGCGGAGAGCCAAGCGGGACAAGGAUGCAGGUCGGGCGGAUGCCAAGUGCAAGCUUGAAGUUGAAGAUGUUGCUUGUUUGUCAGUUGAAAAUACUGCAUGUCUUGUUGCUCCUAAUGGCUCUGAAAAAUCAGUUUCUAAGAGUUGCUCAAUGGAUCUUUCAGCAGAUUUUAAGCAUCCGGAGACAGCCAGCGGAGGUGACCAUUCUUGCGCUGUAUCAGCUUCACAGAUGAAGAUAUUGUUAGAUGUCAAGGAACAGCCUAUCUCAGUCGAAGUAGCUCCACCAAUCGGCGAAGUAGCUGUUCCAAAUUCUGGAGUAGGUUUCUCUGGUUUUGACGAUAGUGUUGCUUCCGAUGCUGUCAAAGAUUCAUCAUUUCAUACUCUUCAGGACCCUUCUUUUGAUGCUUUAUCUAAAACUGAAGUGUCAAUAACGUCUCCCUUAGAGGUUGCAAGUAACAGAGGCUCCCAAGCUUUAGAUCUAUCUAUUCCUUGUGACAGUGAUGACAAAACGGACUGCAAUAGAAGGUCAGAAGAAGCAUUUGAUGAACACCUCAUUCCAACUGCACUGGAAGUUCAGCAGAACCCCCCUUGCUCCUUGAAUGGAAAUGAUUCUACGGUUUUACAUAAGGUGCCUUCUGAGAAAAGUUUGGAAUUACUUGACAACAAGCCUGAGAAGAUAACUCCAAGUCAUGCAGAGGUGCCUGAAGCUGGUUGCUUAUCUGUAAAACCAAUGGCUGAUAGUAGUGAGGGCAUUUCUUCGAAAAAUGAUUUACUGCAGCUUUUCUCGGAAGAUAGAACCUACAACUUUUUCCCAUUAGCAAGCAUGCAGGAAAAUAAGAAUGCUCAUGUGAAUUCUAAAGAAGGAAAAGCUUCCUCGUUAGAACACAAGAAGCAUUGUGGGUCUACUUUAGCGGAAUCCCCAGAUUUUCUUGGUUUGUCACUGCCAACUGAAUCCAUGGUCGGUCGUCAAGCUUUAGUUUCGAGCUCCUUACAGUUGGCUGAUGUAUGGAAUCAACCAAGGGAAUUUAUUCAAGGAGCAGUUCCUCAGUUUCCGGUUGAUGCAUCAUUGCUUCACCGACAUCAAAUGAUCCUGGACAACAUUCUUAAUAGAGCAAGAUCUCAAAAGGGAAACAAGAGGACAUUUGCAGAAAAAUUCGGGUCUCCAACCAUGUGGUCUGAAGAGGAGCUAGAUUCUCUUUGGAUUGGUGUUCGGAGGCAUGGAAGAGGCAACUGGGAUGUGAUGUUGAGGGAUCCAAGGCUGCGCUUUUUUUCCUGGAGGACACCAAAGGACUUGGCCGAACAGUGGGUGGAGGAACAGACGAAACUUUUACAUGGAAAAUCCAUUUCCCAUGCGAGACAGUUACGUAAAGCUGAUCUUUUGUCCCAUGAUAUGGAUGAUGUUCAACUUUCGCUUGGGCAUGCAUAUUCCCAGUCAGAGGACAAUAUCCAGAGUCAAAUACCAUGCCAUUUUAAAAAUGCUCAAAGAACUUCGUUUAAACGACUUCACGUGGCUACAACAAAUGUAGAGACCUUAGAGUCUCUCAGUCUCAGGGGAAAACGCAAAAGAGCUAGGUUCAAUCAAUCCGAAAACCGUGCAGGUUCAGGUGUUGAAUGCUCAUUCAGAUCUCGUAGUAUGAACUCAGGGUCUGAAGUGGGUAAUUUGCCUCACUGGCUUACGGAAGUGGUUGCUAUUCCACCCAGGCCUCCUGGAUUUGCCCCAGAUUCUUCAUGGAUUUUCCAUCCGUGGGUUGGUCUACCAUUUUCUGGACCUAACAGAGCUCAUUGCGAAUCAAGGAACAGAUUGAACACUUCACCAAGAACUGAGCUGAAUGAUAGUAGCACUCAUCGCCCUGCAGUUGCUAUGAGACAGGGGAAUCAACAUUGUAAGUCAGAGGUGGAUAAAAGAAUUGACCUGAUUGUCAUCAAUAGCGACGCCUCAUCAGAGGAGACAAUAUCGGAUGAUUGUAGUGUCAGGCAUUAGCUUAAGUUGGGAUUUCAUAGUUGAGGUUAAGCUUGUAUAAAGGUUGGUAUUCUAAUUAUCUCGGCUAUUUCUUGAGGGUGAGGUUAACUGAGUCAAGUAGUUUUUUUCCCAAUUAUUGCAAUCAGUUGAUUUGCUAAUGUUUAUUUUUGCAGCUAUUUGCUGUAGCUGUAUGUUGUAAACUCACUCUAGUUCCUAAUUAGGAUUUGGUUAAAGCUGAGCAAAUCCAAACGUCUUUUAUGAA